CGGCGGCUCCGGCUCCAGCUACAACUCGAGGUGGCGGAGGGUUCUAGGCGCGUGCUGCGACCCCGCGUUCGGCAUGAGCGUCCUCUUGAAGGCCCGCGCGAGGCUGCUUCUUCCGGCCCAGCGCGCUGUUAUUCCUUUCCUUUGGAAAGUGAAGUACUUCAGCUCAGGAAAGGAGUCGGCAGAAAGCAAUCCUGUUACCCCAAUGCUGCGGCACCUCACAUACAAAAUAAAGGCAACUGGCCCCAUUACAGUGGCUGAAUACAUGAAGGAAGUCUUGACUAACCCAGCCAAGGGCUACUAUGUAUACCAAGAUAUGAUAGGAGAAAGAGGAGACUUUAUUACUUCACCUGAAAUAAGUCAGAUCUUUGGAGAGUUACUAGGUAUAUGGUGCAUUAGUGAAUGGAUGGCCACUGGAAAAAGCUCAACUUUCCAGUUGGUGGAACUGGGCCCAGGUAGGGGCACUCUUACUGGUGAUAUUUUGAGGGUCUUCAGUCAGCUUGGGUCUGUGCUAAAAAACUGUGACAUUUCUGUACAUUUGGUGGAAGUAAGCCAAAAAUUAAGUGAAAUCCAAGCCCUGACACUGACUGAUAAGACAAUUGCCCUAGAGCGUGACGCUGAAUCACCAGUGUACAUGAAAGGUAUCACUGAGUCUGGAAUACCCAUUUCCUGGUACCGGAAUCUGCAAGAUGUGCCACAAGGUUACAGCUUUUAUUUAGCACAUGAAUUUUUUGAUGCUCUUCCAGUGCAUAAGUUUCAGAAAACCCCACAAGGAUGGCGUGAAGUGUUCGUUGAUAUAGAUCCACAGGAUUCUGAUAAACUAAGAUUUGUUUUGGCUCCUUCUCCCACCCCAGCGGAAACUUUUAUUCAGCCCAAGGAAACAAGGGAUCAUGUGGAAGUGUGUCCUGAUGCUGGUGUUAUCAUUCAGAUACUUUCUGAACGAAUUGAAGAAAGCGGAGGUGCUGCUCUGAUUGCUGAUUACGGCCAUGAUGGAACAAAGAUGGACACUUUCAGAGGCUUUUGUGGUCACAAGCUUCAUGAUGUCUUAAUUGCCCCAGGAACAGCAGACCUAACUGCUGACGUGGACUUCAGCUAUUUGCGUAGAAUGACUCAAGGGAAAGUGGCCUCCUUGGGACCCAUACAACAACAUAAUUUUUUUAAAAAUAUGGGCAUUGAUGUUCGAUUGAAGGUUCUUUUGGACAAUUCAAGUGACACUGCUACACGGCAACAGCUAAUUCGUGGUUAUGAUAUGCUAAUGAAUCCCAAGAAGAUGGGAGAACGGUUUAAUUUUUUUGCCUUACUACCUCAUCGCAGACUUUCAGGUGGAAGCACAUGCCAAUCAAAAUCAUUACCCUCACCUGUAGCCGGCUUUGGAGACCUCGUUUGGAAGUGAAACCUCAGCCUGGACUCUUUUGUGUGUUCACCUGCUCCCCACCCCCAACUACCAAAUACCUCCUUUCCCAUUUUGAGUUCCUCACACAAGAAAAGGAACACUAAAGAAAUUUAGUUUUCAACUUUGUACUACAGGUAAAUUAUCUCCAAAUACACUAACUUACUAUCUCUUAAUAAAAAUUAUUAACUUA